AUGUCCGCCUCGCUCAACGUCAUCGCCCUCAUCUCAGGCGGCAAGGACUCGCUGUUCAGCAUCCUGCACUGCCUCGACAACGGGCACAAGGUCGUGGCGCUCGCCAACCUCUACCCGGGAGCGAGAUCAUCUAUGACCCAUGGACAAGGAGGAGAUGACGCCUCAUCAUCCUCCUCCCCCACCACCGGCCUUCGCCGAGAGGACGAAUCUGAUGAACCUGAGGGAGAGGAUCUGAACAGCUUCAUGUACCAGACGGUCGGGCACUCGGUUAUCCCCCUCUACGCAGAGUGUCUCGGCAUUCCGCUGUACCGGCGAGAAAUCACAGGCUCGGCGGUGCAGAUGGGCCGCUACUAUGAUGCCAGCGUGCUGGAUUCGUCGCUGCUCGAUGAGACAGAAGACUUGGUGCCCCUGUUGAGGGAAGCCAUGCAGGCUCAUCCCGAAGCCAACGCUCUCUGCUCCGGCGCCAUCCUCUCGACCUAUCAACGCACCAGGGUCGAGUCUGUGGCGGUGCGGCUCGGCUUGACGCCGCUGGCAUACCUCUGGCAAUAUCCUGCUCUUCCUCCCCCCAGGGGACGGGGCGAGUCCCUGACCGGAUUACUGGAUGACAUGAGCGUGGCGGGCUGUGAUGCCCGAAUCAUCAAGAUUGCCAGCGGCGGGAUCAAGGAGAGUCUGCUGUGGGCCAACGUGGCAGACCCCCGAACCCAGCAGAGGCUCGUGAACGGUCUGCGCCCUUUCUUUCCCGACCACGAGUUUUGGCUCCGCGGAGCCGUUCUGGGAGAAGGUGGAGAGUACGAGACGCUGGCUGUCAACGGGCCGAGAAGGCUGUGGAAGAGAAGAAUCGUCAUCGCACCGGAAAAUCAAUCUACAUUUACUGGGGAAGGCGGCGUGAGCUAUCUCCGGCUGGCGAGACCCGGAACCGAGUCCAACCAUGAAGACGCUUCUGAGGCUCGCGAUGAAUGUCUUCGACUUCCUCAGGCGUUUGAUCCUCAAUUUCAGACUGUUCUGAAUAUGGUCGAAACUCAAGAGACGCUGAAUGCUGGCAGACACGCGGACAGGCUCGACGAAAAAGAUCCCAGGUGGCCACAGCAUGGUUUGAACUACUCCUUACGACCUGCCGACUGUCUGGCUUCGGGGCAUCUGUCGAUAUGUAACAUCACAUGGUGCGACCCGAGCGGUGAUGGACGUCCAAACAACGCUGCCGGUCAAAUGCAAGGCAUAUGUGAUCAAUUGAAGUCCUUCCUCGAGUCCAAGUCAAGCUUUCUCAAUCUGCCGACUGGGCUAACGCCUUCCAAUAUUGUCUCUACAACCUUGUUAUUAAAAAACAUGUCGAACUUCGGGGCGGUCAAUCCGAUAUAUGCCUCGCUUUUCCGCGCGGGUGAACCUAAUCCUCCGGCACGCGUUACAGUGGCAUGCUCGCUACCAGAGCAUAUUGAAGUGAGCUUGAGUGUAUUACUCGACUUGGGGCCUCGUGAGCUACGACGCGGGCUGCACGUGCAGAGUCGCAGCUACUGGGCGCCAGCGAAUAUCGGACCAUACAGUCAAGCCAUCUGUGUGCCAGUGAACAAACAAAGUGAAUCGCGGGUCAACGUCCAUGAUACAGGAUUGGUGGAGGUGGUUCACAUGGCUGGACAAAUCCCUCUCGUUCCGCACACGAUGGAGCUUUCGCACGCUGGAUUUCCCGAGCAGGCAGUGCUGAGCCUGCAGCAUAUGUGGCGCGUUGGACAAGAGCGAGGUGUCGACAUGUGGCCCUGGGGAAUAGCAUUCUUGGAAAGCUGCACGGAUACUCCUGCCCGGACAAAGUAUUCGUGCAGAAUAUGGCGACAGACUCACCUGACUGGGACUAGACUGACAAAGGUUGUUGCCGACGAGGAAGGUGACGAGGAGGACGGAGGGCUGGAUGCGUGGGACUUGCAACAUAACCGCGCUGCGACGUACCAGGCAGCCACUGCCCAGGUGACUGUGGGCCAACAUCUUCAUCUGCUCCCACACCCGGGUGUGUUGCUAGACGAUAGCACCUCAUUUACGUUUCUUCCGCCCUUUAUCGCCGCAGAGGUUGUCUCCCUGCCUCGAAAUGCACCGGUUGAAUGGUGGAGCAUGGGAAUCACGAAUUUACCCCGAAGGCCAGCAUCAAGGCCGCGAGUCUCGGUGGUUCGCAGAGAACAUGCCUGGGUGUCUCUCAUCAAACUCACGGUCCUUCCGCCACAUGGGAAAGCAGGCACAAACAUUCACUUAGUCACGGUGCUGGUUCGUCGAGGUGCAGGGUCUGGGCUCAGUGCUGUGGAUAGCGUACGCGUGGAGACCGAGGUCCUCGACCUGAUUCAGGCGGACAAUGGUCAUGAAAUGGCGGCAGCAGCAGAAGUGGUGCACGGCACCGCCUUCGUCGCGCUGCAAGAUCAGGAAGGGUGGGCUCGAAUAAGUGAAGGGCGCCUCUUCAAGGACUUGGCAGUCAUCCCGUGCAACUCCUUGUUUGGAAGCUCUGGGAUUGCUCCCUAUGCCGGCCCUGGGAAUGGUGAUGAGUCGCUGUUGCUUGACGAAGACAUCGAAGGAACAGCGGCAUCCUGUUCUCCACUUGCUGUCGCAAUGGUCAUGCGCAUCGACCAGAACUCGAGGUAG